UUUAAACAAGAUGGGACAGAUUUUGACAAGAUUGUGGAAUGGGGAAAGCAGUGUGGUUACGCUAUGACAUUGUGGUUCGGUCCCUUUGUUUCUUACCUCAACAUUCAACAUCCAGAUUACGUGAAGACCAUAUUGGCAUCAACAGAGCCAAAAGAUGAUAUAGCAUACAGGUUUCUUGAGCCAUGGAUUGGUGAAGGCUUAUUGGUGUCAAAUGGUCAAAAGUGGUUUCAGCACAGACGACUUUUGACCCCAGGUUUCCAUUAUGAAGUUUUGAAACCAUACACUAAAUUGAUGGCAGAAUCUGCUAAAACAAUGUUGGACAAAUGGGAAAGUUAUGCAAACACCAGCAAGUCUUUUGAAUUGUUUGAACACGUGAGCCUCAUGACACUUGACA